CUGACCGGAUGAUGACAGAAGUUUUCAGUCAAUGUGGCUGCAGUACUUCGUUGUUCAUCCUGCUCCUUAUUGUAUUGCAGCUGGGACGUAUCAACAUUUGAUCUUUCCUCCUUUUCCUGGGGAAGGAAAAGUCAAUAAAACAUUGCUAUUUGACUGACCGCAGUUCCAUCUGGAACUUUGGAUAAGCGACCCGUCGGCCUUCCAUUUGACAGUGUAGACAGCCACUUCGAGCCCGCUGGGCGGACCGGGUUGUCAGCACCGGGGUGCCACCAUGGGAAACCGGGGGAUGGAAGACCUCAUUCCCCUCAUCAACAAGCUCCAAGACGCCUUCAGCUCCAUCGGCCAGAGUUGCAACUUGGAGCUGCCCCAAAUAGCGGUCGUCGGCGGCCAGAGCGCGGGGAAGAGCUCGGUUCUGGAGAACUUCGUUGGCAGAGACUUCUUGCCCAGAGGGUCUGGUAUCGUCACCCGUCGUCCUCUUAUCUUGCAACUUGUUAACAACAAAGCAGAGUAUGCAGAGUUCCUGCACUGUAAGGGCCGUAAAUUUGUGGACUUUGAUGAAGUCCGUCAGGAGAUUGAAGCAGAAACUGACCGGCUCACUGGAUCCAACAAGGGCAUUUCACCCAUUCCAAUCAACCUCCGAGUCUACUCUCCUAACGUGUUAAACCUGACCCUGAUUGACCUGCCGGGGAUGACCAAGGUGGCAGUUGGAGACCAGCCUGUAGACAUCGAACACCAGAUCAGAGACAUGCUGUUACAGUUCAUCACCAAGGAGAGCUGCCUCAUUCUGGCCGUCACUCCGGGUAAUACGGACCUGGCCAACUCUGAUGCCCUCAAGAUUGCCAAGGAAGUGGAUCCUCAGGGUCUGCGGACUAUUGGAGUGAUUACCAAGCUGGACUUGAUGGAUGAGGGGACUGAUGCUCGAGACAUUCUGGAAAACAAACUGCUUCCUCUCCGCAGGGGUUACAUUGGGGUGGUGAACCGCAGUCAGAAGGACAUCGAUGGGAAGAAAGACAUUCGUGCUGCAUUGGCUGCUGAGCGCAAGUUCUUCUUGUCCCAUCCUGCAUACAGACACUUUGCUGAGCGCAUGGGCACGCCACACCUGCAGAAGACACUGAAUCAGCAACUUACCAAUCACAUCCGUGAUACCCUGCCAGGGUUACGCAGUAAGCUGCAAAGCCAGCUACUCUCCCUGGAGAAAGAGGUGGAAGAAUACAAAAACUUUCGUCCUGAUGAUCCUGCUCGCAAAACCAAAGCCUUGCUUCAGAUGGUGCAGCAGUUUGGCGUGGACUUUGAGAAAUGCAUCGAAGGCUCAGGGGAUCAGGUGGACACCUCCAACUUAUCUGGAGGAGCAAAGAUCAACCGCAUUUUUCAUGAGCGUUUUCCUUUUGAGCUGGUGAAGAUGGAGUUUGAUGAGAAGGAGCUGAGGAAAGAGAUUAGUUAUGCUAUCAAAAACAUCCAUGGAGUCAGGACAGGCCUGUUCACUCCAGACUUGGCGUUUGAAGCUAUAGUGAAAAAGCAGAUCAUUAAGCUGAAAGACCCCUGUCUGAAAUGUGUCGACCUCGUCGUUACCGAGCUUGUCACCCUGAUCAGGAAGUGCACUGAAAAGCUUGGAUCAUAUCCUCGCCUUAGAGAAGAGACCGAGCGAAUCGUCACCACCUACAUCAGAGAGAGAGACAGCAAGACUAAAGACCAGGUGCUCCUGUUAAUUGACAUUGAACUAUCCUACAUCAACACAAAUCAUGAGGACUUCAUUGGAUUUGCCAAUGCCCAGCAGCGGACGGCUGCAAAUGCGACUAAGAAGAGAGUCAUGCCUAACCAGGUUAUCCGUCGAGGCUGGUUGACAAUCAACAUUAGCAUCAUGAAGGGAGGCUCCAAGGACUACUGGUUCGUCCUCACUGCAGAGUCUCUUUCCUGGUACAAAGAUGAGGAGGAGAAGGAGAAAAAGUACAUGUUGCCUCUUGACAACCUGAAGCUACGAGAUGUGGAGAAGGGAUUCAUGUCCAGCAAACAUGUCUUUGCCAUAUUCAACACUGAGCAGAGGAACGUGUACAAAGACCUGCGGCAGAUCGAGCUGGCGUGUGACACUCAGGAGGAUGUCGACAGCUGGAAAGCCUCGUUCCUCAGAGCUGGUGUUUACCCAGAGAAAGACCAGCCCGACAAUGAAGAUGCGAUGAUUCCAGGCGACACCGUGUCUAUGGACCCACAGUUGGAGCGGCAGGUGGAGACCAUCCGCAACCUGGUGGACUCCUACAUCAGCAUUGUCAACAAGUCCAUCAGGGACCUCAUGCCCAAGACCAUUAUGCACCUCAUGAUUAACAGCGCAAAGGACUUCAUCCACUCUGAGCUGCUGGCUUACCUAUACUCAGCUGGGGACCAGAGUAGCCUGAUGGAGGAGUCUGCUGAGCAGGCUCAGAGGAGAGAUGAGCUGCUCAGGAUGUACCAUGCUCUGAAGGAAUCUCUGGUCAUUAUUGGUGACAUCAGUACCACCACUGUUUCAACACCUGUCCCUCCACCCGUAGACGACACCUGGAUCAAAGAGUCUCGUCCUGCAGCAACCUGGCCUACCUCUGCGACAGCGCCCCCUCCAAACCGACCCCCGGCAGUCAGGGGACCCACGCCCGUUCCAGCCCCACCCCUGAACCCCUCACCGGCAUUCGGUGCUCCACCAGUGCCUACUCGACCUGGACCACCACCCGCCCAGUCUGGUUUUGAUCCAAACGUUCCACUGAUUCCCUCCAGACCGGCACGUGUGCCUCCUGCGCUGCCACCAGGCAUCCCAAGCAGAAGACCCCCGGCUGCUCCCAACAGACCUACCAUCAUACGUCCUUCAGAACCCUCUCUGCUUGACUAGAAGCACGCACACACACACACAAUAUGGAAACACAUUUCCUUUCGUUUACACUUUUAUAUUUUCAGUUUAUUAUCUGCAGUUAAUAGACAUACUGUAUCCAUUUUGACUGUGUCGUUGAUUCUUGAACGUGCGCAAUGACUUUUGACAUUAUGCAAAGGCUUAAUUGUGAUGAGUCUUUCGGUUUAAGAAACGUCAAACUUUACAUAUAGUGUUUUAUGUUAAAUUUAUUUUAUUAUGAUAGAAAAUUCCUUUUUAAGGUAAUCAUUAAGUGAUUUCUACAUGCUGUUCUCUCAAAAAUCUUACACGCUAUGCCCUUCAAUAUGUAAGUAGCACUUCUUGAUGAGUCAUUUCUCUGCUUUGUUUGGCAGAUCUACAAAAUUAUAAUUUAGGUCACCCUACAGUGGACCAUUUUAGUAGUUGUUCCUUAAUAUUCUUGCACAAUUACUUCCAUAAUCUAGUUCAGCAUCAUAAAUAUGACUUGAGUUUUUAAGUUUUUAUUAUAUCCAUCCCGCACCAGUUUUCAACCUAUGAUGAAGUUUCAUCCUGCCUUGAGUUUGUGCAUCAUGAUUAUCACAUCAAAAGCCAUAAAUAUCCUUUUUUGAGGAAAAAUGCCUGCCUUAAAUGAUGCCCUUAAUAAAAAAAAAUGGAGGAUAUA